UCCCAGACUCUCACCUCUGCGCACAACACAUCACCGCCACAACCAGCGGCAGUGAAAGGAUGUCCAACAGCCCUGUGUUCAUCCCUUUGGUGGGCUCUGGAUGGAUGCAGACCACUGCGCAACAAAUGACCCAAUGAAGACGCACGGCCGUCCGCUACAGCAGGAAUGGACGAUGGAAUGUGCUACAGCUUUGCAAUGAGACGUCUGUGGGUCUGUGUGUUGCUUGCGAGCAUCACCUGCCGUCUGAGCCUCACCCAGGAUGUAGCUGGAACUCCCAAAGAGGCUGAAUUAAAUGACAACAUUACCAUAUUCACACGCAUUCUGGACGGACUGCUGGAUGGUUAUGAUAACAGGCUCCGCCCCGGAUUGGGAGAAAAGGUGACAGAAAUUAAAACCAACAUCUUCGUCACCAGCUUUGGUCCAGUGUCAGACACAGAAAUGGAGUACACCAUUGACGUGUUCUUCCGUCAGAGCUGGAAGGACGAGAGGCUUUGCUUUAAAGGUCCGAUGGAGAUGCUCCACCUGAAUAAUCUCCUGGCCAGUAACAUUUGGACCCCCGACACCUUCUUUCUUAAUGGGAAGAAAUCCAUCGCGCAUAAUAUGACUACACCUAACAAGCUACUGAGGCUGAAAGAUGACGGGACUCUGCUCUACACCAUGAGACUGACUAUAUCAGCAGAAUGUCCCAUGCAACUGGAGGAUUUCCCAAUGGACGCCCAUGCCUGUCCCCUUAAAUUUGGAAGUUAUGCAUAUCCGGUGUCGGAGGUGGUCUACACGUGGACAAAGGGGGCGGCCAAGUCUGUGGUGGUGGCGGAGGACGGGUCCCGGCUCAAUCAGUACCAUCUGAUCGGUCAGACCGCGGGCACCGAGGACAUCUACACCAGCCGAGGGCAGUACACGGUGAUGAUGGCUCACUUUUACCUGAAGAGGAAGAUUGGCUACUUUGUCAUCCAGACCUACAUGCCCUGCUUCAUGACCGUCAUCCUGUCCCAGGUUUCUUUUUGGCUCAAUCGAGAGUCUGUGCCAGCGCGUACUGUUUUUGGUGUGACUACAGUGCUGACCAUGACCACUCUGAGUAUCAGUGCUCGAAACUCGUUGCCUAAAGUGGCGUACGCUACGGCCAUGGACUGGUUCAUCGCUGUGUGUUAUGCUUUUGUCUUCUCUGCCCUCAUUGAAUUCGCCACAGUGAACUACUUCACCAAGAGGAGCUGGGCCUGGGAUGGAAAAAAGGCAAUGGAGGCCCAGCAGCCCAAGAAGAAGGACCCUUUGGCUCUGUCGAAAAAGCCAAACAACACCUGUUCAACCGGUGUCAAUUACACAGCCAACCUCACAAAGGAUGCAUCCAUUUCCACUAUUUCAAACAGCACCGCUGUGCAGCUCAAGCCCACUGAAACAAAGGCUCCAGAUCCCAAAAAGACUUACAACAGCGUGAGCAAGAUCGAUAAGAUGUCCAGGAUAGUGUUCCCGGUGCUGUUUGGGACCUUCAACCUGGUGUACUGGGCCACGUAUCUCAACAGGGAACCAGUGAUUAAAGGAGUCGUGUGAGGCUCGCUCAUCCUCCCAACAACACCUUCAAGAUUUGAUAACUGGAACGCAAUCAAUUCAAUGCCAAGCACUUAGUCCUUGUAUCAUAGAUGUGUUUUUUUUAGGUAUUACUUUAUUGGAUUACAUUGCAUGUCUGUCGCUUCAGGAAACUGUUGCCAUGUUUGCCUUGAGUUUGUACAUAUACUAUCAAUAGGGCUGGGCAAUAAAAUGCUAUGAUGAACAUUUUUAUUUCAGAUGAUGCUGAUAAUAACAUGAACAUUUAUUUCCUUUAAUGGCAGAUUUUUGGGCCUGAAUGAAAGGAACUGCUAGGGAUUUGUGGUUUUACGCUGUUCUUUAUAACAAAACAUGACAAACACUAAAGACAGCAAAACAUUUUGAGAGGUAAAACCUUUAUGAUAAAAUAUUUGUUCGUAAAAAUAUGCAUGAAGAAAAUUAAGCAGAACACUGAAACUUUUUGUGUGUUAGCUGACAAUAUAAACAAAAUUAACAAGUAUAUUAUAAAGAAAAUUACUACAUUUUAAUUUAAUUUAGCAGUAUUUAUCAUUGUCACUUUAUUGCCCAGCUUUUACUACUAUACUCUUUGACUUCAGAUAGUUUUACUCAUCUCAAAUACCAUCCUAGUUUUUGUCAAACUCUGACAUUUUAACAUUUUGGCAUUUGGCAUUUAUAUUUUCUCCUUGAGUUUACAGUAGAUUGUGUUGAACAGUACAGCGAGGCCAAAUGCUAUGCAAAACACGUUGACUGUGUUAAUACUCACAACCGGCUUUUAUCUUUCUAAGUCUUACUUUGUACAAAUGGACUGGGGGUCCAGGUUGGGCCCGGGCACGUGGAACUUUGCUUCCUUGUGAAAAGCAGACGAAUAGCCAUGUUAACUAAAUGUGUUGCCUUCCGAGUGUGAUAACUCAUUAAGAAUGCACUGAAAUCUCCAGCAAUUACUUUUUCAGAAGCCAUUUUUUCAGCUUACACGAAUAUAUUUUCUUUUUUAAUUCAUUUUUGGAUGUUUUUUCCCUAAGUAUGGGAUGGCUACUUUUCCAUGAUUCUUAAUUUCUGUUGGUGUAGCGAUUAUACAGGGACGGAUUUCAAGCUAAAGUGACAAUGACAGCUUCUGUUACCAGGUCACCAUGUUAAGAAUUGUGUAUGUAUGUAGUUAUGGUAGUUUAAGAAACGUGUAUAUAAGCCCCGCUUUUAGAAAAGCACCACAAAGCCAGUAAGGUUAGCUUCCAUGUUACGCAUAUGCAGCAACACAGUGUUAUUCUAGUCUAGUGCUUCUUUGACUGGAUAUUGAGAAAUGAGCAGAAUAGCUUGAGCUUUAGCAAUUUUCACAGAAUAUAUUACGCUUUUUCUAUUUCUUUUUUUUCUUCCAGUUUAUUGUUUUUCAUAAGUUUAUUGAUUCUAUAAACUUAUGAAUUCUAUAUUGAUGAUAACUUGUUAUUCUUGAUACAUUGAGUGCUUUGAGCAGGGACACUUUUUGUCUUAAUUUCAAGUACCUGCUGUAGUUUAAGAGACUGAUUUAAGAUUAUCAGGUUAUCAGGCUCAUCAGCAGACAAAAAGUCACAGUGAUGUGUUGUAUUUAUGUUAAAUUAUGCCGCAUUUUCAUAUUUCAGGCAAAUCAUAAGAUGAAAAAUGUAUUGGUUUUAACACAUUUGUACCCUCAUAGCUGUCUGUUAGCUUAGCUUAGCAUAAAGACUACAGACAGCGGGAAGUAACUAGUCUGACUUUAGUAAGAAUUCAUGAAUAUAUUUAAAUGAACCUUUAAAGCUGAAUUAACUCUACUAAUCCUCAACUGCAGCAGUGACUUUCUAGAGUGUCUUACCAGGCAACCUGAUGAAAAAAAACAUCCAGGAAGUCACUGCAUCUGGACAAAAUAUUCCCUCUUAUUAACUAUUUAUAAAACAACAAGCAGAUGUUUUUAC